GUGGCUCUUGCGAUACGAAAAGCGGAUCACAUAUUUGAGAAAGUGAAUCCCGAGAUGGAAAAGCUGGGAUAUGAGUGCAAGUGCCUUGGAGGAGGGAAAAUAGAUCAUAAUAGCAAAGACAAGAAAAUUAGGGUGUUUGGGCUCUCUACAGGCUAUGGGAAAGCAGAUCAUUCAGUCACUGUAGAGAUACUGAAAAAAGUGUAUCCAGAUUAUGAAAUUACGUGGACAGAUGACAAGAAAUAA